CUCUUCGGCCUGAGCUUUGGGGAAAAGCUGAGAACGGGGCAGCCCUGGGGGGUCGGGGCCCGGUCCCCAGGAUGCUCGGGCCCCGGCUCCCCGCGGCUUCCCGAGCAGCAGGAAGUUCGUUUGCCGCCUUCAGAUGUGCCCGCCUGGCCGGCCCAGGCCACUUUGAUGAAAGCGAAACUGGCACGUCCCCGGGGCUCCGGCCGCCCGCUCCUCCCGGCCCUUCCUCCCCUUCCUCCCUCCCCGCCCCUACCUGAUGCUUCCUCGGGGGCCGCUCCGUUUCCACUUAGCCCAUUGCCGGCCCCGGUAUGGUCCACUUUACAUCCCAUCUGCCCCUCCCCCUCCGUCCCCCCAGCUUCUUGACAUCCUGUUUUACAACUGCUGGGGAUUCGGACGGGGGCAGGUGGAGCCUUACAAGUGAGUGUUCAGGAACGAACUUUCCUCCCGCUCCGCCGGGAGCACCACUAGCCCAGGUGGAGCACCAUUACCCCAGGUGGAGCACCAUUACCCCAGGUGGAGCACCAUUACCCCAGGUGGAGCACCAUUACCCCAAGUGGAGCACUCGCUCCUCCUACGUAACGUCGGAGGUCUAGGUUAAAAGCCUCUUCCUGCUCCCCCCGGUGACUGUGAGCCAAGGACAGAAAUCUGCAUACUCCUCUCGGGAUCCCUGUAGCCGUAGUGGAGGUGUUUAGUUCAUCCGGGGGAGCAUCUCAUUCUCUGCAAGAAUUAUUUUGCAAAGGGAUUUCUUUGAAUGAGAUGUUAGGCAUUUCCAAUUCCUUCCUGGAAAACUAGUUCUGUGUCAGAAGUAAAAGAUUUGCUUUAAAAAAGAAAAAGAAAAAAGAUUCAUCUGAAGUAAAAAAUCCAGUGGGGACUCUUCUCAUUUUCCAAGAUGGAGCCCAUAACAUUUACAGCCAAGAAAUACGCAUUUCCCAGUGAGAUCUCGGUGGACUUUGGCCUCCAGCUGGUGGGCUCGUUGCCCGUCCAUUCUCUGACCACCAUGCCCAUGUUGCCCUGGGUAGUAGCAGAGGUCCGAAGAUUCAGUACGGAGCGCCCCAAAAAGGAGCCUGUGGCCAGUCAGGUCCGGCUCUGUGUCUCUCCUGCUUUCCUGAAGUGCGAGCCCGACCCAGGGAAGAGUCAGCAGUGGGACCCGCUGAUCUGUUCCAGCAUUUUUGAAUAUAAGCCCCAACAGGUCCACAAACUGAUUCAUAACAGCCAGGACCCAAGUUACUUUGCUUGUCUGAUUAAGGAAGAUACGGCGAGUCAGCAGAGCAUCUGCUACGUUUUCAAGGCUGAUGAUCAAACCAAAGUGCCUGAGAUCAUUAGCUCCAUUAGACAAGCUGGGAAGAUUGCUCGCCAGGAAGAAUUUCACUCUCAAUCCGAAUUCGAUGACACUUUCGCCAAAAAGUUUGAAGUGCUGUUCUGUGGACGAGUGACGGUGGCCCACAAAAAGGCCCCUCCGGCGCUCAUCGAUGAAUGUAUCGAGAAAUUUAACCAUGUCAGCUGCAGCAGAAAGGCAGAGCUGGACCUGCCAUCCCAGAACUCUGCAGCUCCAAAUACUCCCGGAGGGUUUUCCCUCACCGAUAAGUUCCGCUCUGUCUUCCAACCAGGGGGCAAUGUGGAACAGGAGCGAAAACCCAUGAGGAAAUCUUUGUCUCAACCCGGACUGCGUUCUUUGGCUUUCAGGAAGGAGUUUCAGGAUGCGGGCCACAGAAGCAGUAGCUUUUUUGGUGGCUCUUUUGAGGAAAAUGACAUUCAGAGCCAUCUCAUAAGUGGGCACAAUAUCGUGCAGCCGACAGACAUCGAAGAGAAUCGGACUAUGUUAUUCACGAUUGGCCAGUCAGAAGUUUACCUCAUCAGUCCUGACACCAAAAAAAUUGCAUUGGAGAAAAACUUUAAGGAGAUAUCCUUUUGCUCUCAGGGAAUUCGGCAUGUGGAUCACUUUGGAUUUAUCUGCAGAGAGUCUUCCGAAAACGGAGGCUUCCACUUUGUCUGCUACGUUUUCCAGUGUACGAACGAAGCCUUGGUCGAUGAGAUCAUGAUGACUCUGAAGCAGGCUUUCACCGUGGCCGCGGUGCAGCAGACGUCCCGGACGCCGGCGCAGCAGUGCGAGGGCUGCCCGCUGCAGGGCCUGCACAGGCUCUGUGAGAAGAUCGAAGGAAUGUCUUCUUCCAAAACGAAGCUGGAGCUCCAGAAGCACCUCACAACACUAAGUAAUCAAGAACAAGCAGCCAUUUUUGAGGAGGUUCAGAAAAUAAGACCAAGAAAUGAGCAAAAGGAGAAUGAACUGGUUAUUUCUUUCCUGAGGUGCUUAUAUGAAGAAAAGCAAAAAGACCACGUUCAUAUUGGGGAAGGAAAACAGGCAUCACAGAUUGCAGCGGAGACUGUCCGAAAUGAAUUGCCAAGUAGUGCCGCUCGGUUUAGGCUUGACAUGCUGAAAAGUAAAGCAAAGAGGUCGUUGACUGAAUCCUUAGAAAGUAUAUUAUCCCGGGGCAGUAAAGCUAGAGGGUUGCCGGAGCCUUCUGGGAGUGUGGAUCUGGACAGCUCGGGUUCGAGUACAUUCAGCAACGCCAGUAAAGUAAGCCCCUUCCCUGUGGCGGGACCUUCACAAGUAAUCAGCCCAUGUGCACUGGGGCCUGCAGUGUCUGAGCAGCGGGCUGUGGAUUUUUACCCCCACACAGAGGAGCUGUCUGUGGGUGAAAAAGAGACUCUUCCGCUCCCAGAAGGUUCCUUCCAGCACCUGGAAUCCUCGGUCGAUCUCUCCAGCGACUCUGAGAGCCCCUUGACCGAAGAGGCAGCCGAGCCGUCCCCCCGGCAGGACUUUCGCAGGCGGGCCAACACUCUGAGUCACUACCCUCUGGAGGCCCAGGUGUCCCCGGAGCCCCCCGAGGCAUCCCCGGGGACUGCCCAGAGGAGACUUAUGAGGUACCACUCAGUGGGCACAGAGACUCCUCAUGAACCAAACUUGAACCCACCUGUUGAUGAAUCUAAAAGCUGUUCAGGUCAGUCUUCGGCUCCUGCUCUCCCACCUCCUCGUCUUAAUCCCUCAGCCUCCUCACCCAAUUUUUUAAAAUGCCUAAAACAUAAUUCAAGUGGAGAACAGAGUGGGAAUGCUGUGCCAAAGAGCAUCUCCUAUCGCAAUGCCCUGCGGAAAAAACUUCAUUCUUCUUCCUCUGUGCCAAAUUUUCUCAAAUUUUUGGCUCCUGUAGAUGAAAAUAACACAUCUGACUUUAGGAACACAAAAAGGGACUACGAGUCCAAGACACAGCACCAUGACGGUAGCAGUGAGAGUCCCCUGAAGACCCGGCGGCACUCGUGGAGGCAGCAGAUCUUCCUCCGAGUGGCGACGCCGCAGAAAGGCUGCGAUUCUCCCAGCAGAUAUGAAGAUUAUUCAGAACUGGGAGAUCUUCCUCCUCGUUCCCCAUUGGAGCCAGUUUGUGAAGAUGGUCCCUUUGGUCCUGUCAUAGAGGAAAAGAAACGAACGUCCCGAGAACUCCGAGAGCUGUGGAAGAAGGCCAUUUUACAACAGAUUCUGCUGCUCAGGAUGGAGAAGGAAAACCAGAAAUUGCAAGCUUCUGAAAAUGAUUUACAAAAUAAACGCUUGAAGCUUGAUUACGAGGAAAUCACUCCCUGUCUUAAAGAUGUAACUUCAGUAUGGGAAAAAAUGUUAAGUACACCAGGAAGGUCAAAGAUUAAAUUUGAUAUGGAAAAAAUGCAUUCUGCUGUUGGGCAAGGAGUGCCUCGCCAUCACCGUGGUGAAAUAUGGAAGUUCUUGGCUGAGCAGUACCACCUGAGACACCAGUAUCCCAGCAGUAAACAGCAGCCAAAGGAUGUUCCAUAUAAAGAACUCUUAAAGCAGCUCACUUCCCACCAGCAUGCAAUUCUCAUUGACCUAGGUCGGACGUUUCCAACACAUCCAUACUUUUCGGCACAGCUGGGAGCCGGACAGCUGUCGCUCUAUAAUAUUCUGAAGGCCUAUUCGCUGCUAGACCAGGAGGUCGGCUAUUGCCAGGGUCUGAGCUUUGUAGCAGGUGUUCUGCUCCUUCAUAUGAGUGAAGAGGAUGCAUUUAAAAUGUUGAAGUUUUUAAUGUUUGACAUGGGGCUCCGGAAACAGUAUCGACCAGACAUGAUUAUUUUACAGAUCCAGAUGUACCAGCUCUCCCGGCUUCUCCAUGAUUACCACAGAGAUCUCUACAAUCACCUGGAGGAGCAUGAGAUCUGCCCCAGCCUCUACGCUGCCCCCUGGUUCCUUACCAUGUUUGCGUCCCAGUUCCCGUUGGGAUUUGUAGCCAGAGUCUUUGAUAUGCUCUUCCUUCAGGGAUCAGAGGUCAUAUUUAAAGUGGCUUUAAGUCUUCUAGGAAGCCAUAAACCCUUGAUUCUGCAACAUGAAAACUUAGAAAACAUAGUAGAAUUUAUUAAAAACACACUACCCAACCUGGGCUUGGUGCAAAUGGAAAAGACCAUAAAUCAGGUGUUUGAGAUGGACAUCUCCAGGCAGUUACAAGCCUAUGAAGUGGAAUACCAUGUGCUUCAGGAUGAACUGAUCGAUUCAUCUCCGCUCAGUGACAACCAAAGAAUGGACAAAUUGGAAAAGACCAACAGCAGCUUGCGAAAACAGAACCUUGACCUUUUGGAAGAAUUGCAGGUGGCAAACGGGAGGAUCCACAGCCUCGAAGCCACAAUUGAGAUUCUCCUGGCCAGCGAGGACAAACUGAAGCAGACGGCCUUGGCUUUGGAACUAGAAAGGGCGGCCCUUCUGCAGACGGUGGAGAAACUGCAGAAAAAGGCAGCCGAGCUGGGCAAUGGCGAUCCCGGGCUAGCCGAGCCGGAGCUCCAACGAGACAACUAAUGGCCGGCUGCCCUUAGGGACUGGAUGAACUCUCCCCACAGGAAGGGACAAGGGAAGGCCACCUGGGCACCGGCCCCGGGAGGACUCGGGCACCGUCUGCACGACUGGCCUGGCCGAAGCUGAGGGAGGCAGACGGAGGAGCGGGAUGUGACUAAGGAGAAAGUACUUCUCAGGGAGGAAACUCUUGCUUUUGUUAUCAUGGGAAGUCUUCUGACCUAAAACAAAUGCAAUUAAAAAGUUGGGCGGAGGGAGAGAUCUUCAAUUACUUUUUUUUUCUUCUUAGUCCCUAAAUCUAUUCCCCUCCGUGCCGGUUACUAUACUAUAUUUAGAUAGCCCUUUGAUAUGAAUAAAUGCACUUUUAUGUUAUGCUGUA